AAGCAAAAGACUGGUGAAACUUCAAGAGCCCUAUUAUCUUUCAAGCAGAGCAGCAGCAGACUGGGAAAAUAAGAAAUAUACCCUGGAAAAAAAUAAGGCAUCUGUUUCUCCCAAACACUGGACAACAAGAGAAUUAACACACAAUGGGGCAAGAAGAACCUCAAAAUAAACAAGGAUGCCAGCAUUUCCAGCUAAUCCCUGGGAUCAUUGCUAUUGUUUUCAUCUCACUUCUCAGUGUCUGCUUUAUUGCAAGUUGUUUGGUGACUCAUAACAACCUUCUACGCUGUAAGAAAAACAUGGGAAUGUUCAAGUCACCAGAGCACAGUACGAAGCUGACAUGCAUCAAUGAACAAUCAGAAGUGAAAGGAAACACCUGGAAUUGUUGUCCUGUUGGCUGGAGAGCUUUUCAGUCCAACUGCUAUCUUCCUCUUAAUGACAAGAAGACAUGGGUGGAGAGUGAAAGGAACUGUAUAGAGCUGGUGGCUCACCUGGCCACCAUCAGCACAGAAGCUGAGCAGAACUUUAUUAUUCAAUUUUUGGAUAGACAUUUUUUAUAUUUCCUGGGACUUUCCCGCGAGAAUCCUGAAGGCCAGUGGCAAUGGGUGGACAGGACGCCAUUUAAUCCACAUAUAAUAUUCUGGCAUAAGGGUGAACCCAACAACCAUCAGACAGAAAAUUGUGUUGUCCUUGCUAAUGACCAAAACAAAUGGACCUGGAAAAAUUUUUCUUGUAAUUUUGAGGCAAGUAGGAUUUGUAAGAAACCUGGAAGAAUACUCAUCUGAACGCUGUGAAGGGGUUCUUGUGAUGAGGACAGAAGAAAAGAACCUAUUAGACAAAGGCAGAAUGUACAUUAAUCAUUGGAAUAGAAAAAUCAUACUAGAUCACAGAAGAUUUUCAGUCAUGAUGGCCUUAUUUAUUUUGUUCAAUUCAUUCAACAAAUCAAUUGUGUUUUUGUGUGGUGUUUUAGUGGUAGAAAUCAUCUCUUCUAUGAAAAUCAGUUUUCAUUAACUUUGCUUUCUUGAUAGUAUUUCAAAGGAUUCACUUUUCAAUUGGUAUGUAUUUAUUACAUUUUUAACAGAAUGGAUUAA